CCUUCCUGCCUAGCUCCAGGCCUGGUGCAUGGGCUGAAUGGAGCCUGAGUCACAGGCUGCCAGAUAUGUUUUGUGUGCCAGACCCUGACCCGGACAUCCGGUGGCCAGCCCAGCCAGUUCCCACUGGAGGCUCCUGGCAUCAUCUGGGGGAGAUCAUGCCCAGGCCCCCCGACUGCCUGCUGAGGCUGCUUCGGGGUGCCCCGAGGCAGUGGGUCUGCGCCCUGUUCCUCAGCGUCAAGUUCACCUUCUUCGUCUCUGUCGCCAUCUACUGGCAUGUGGUGGGAGAACCCAGGGGCCACAGACUGAGCUCCACCCUGCCCUUGCAUGUGCCAUGUCCCCGAGGGACACCCCACGCACCAUCCCCCGGCCCCCCACCUCCAGACAUCUUCUUUCUGGAGACCUCAGACCGCAUCAACCCCAGCUUCCUGUUCACCUGCUCAGUGGAGUCAGCAGCCAGGGCGCACCCCGAGUCCCGGGUGGUGGUGUUGAUGAAGGGGCUGCCCCCAGACAAUGCCUCACUGCCCCACCACCUGGGCCUCUCACUGCUGGGCUGCUUCCCCAACGUGCAGGUGCUUCCACUGGACCUGGAGGAGCUAUUCUGGGACACCCCGCUGGCAGGCUGGCACGCGGGGGCGCGGGGCCGCUGGGAGCCCUACCCUCUGCCUGUGCUGUCAGAUGCUGCCCGGCUGGCGCUGCUGUGGAAGUUCGGGGGCAUCUACCUGGACACGGACUUCAUUGUGCUCAAGGACCUGCGCAACCUCACCAACGCCCUGGGCACCCAGUCGCGCUAUGUCCUCAACGGUGCCUUCCUGUCCUUCCAGCGCCGCCACCAGUUUGUGGGACUGUGCAUGCGGGACUUCGUGGAGCAUUACAAUGGCUGGGUGUGGGGCCACCAGGGCCCACAGCUGCUCACACGGGUCUUCAAGAAGUGGUGCUCCAUCCGCAGCCUGAGCCAGAGCCACGCCUGCCGUGGGGUCACUGCCCUGCCCACCCAGGCCUUCUACCCCGUGCCCUGGCAGGACUGGAAGCGCUACUUUGAGGACAUAGGCCCCGAGGAGCUGCAAAGCCUGCUCAAUGCCACCUAUGCCGUGCACGUGUGGAAUAAGAAAAGCCAGGGCACAUACCUGCGGGCCUCGUCCAGGGCGCUGCUGGCCCAGCUGCACUUGCGUUACUGCCCCAGCACGUACGCUGUCAUGAAGUUGUCCCAGGCUUGAAGAGCCACCCUCCAGGGCCUCCAUCCUGGCCAGCUGGGGAUAGGCUCUGGGCUCUUGACACUGCCCUAAUGGAAGGUGGAAGGACCCCCGAGUUAGAGGCAGGCUGGGGGGAGUCGGGAAUUCUAGGCUGCAGGUCCUGAGAUCCACUCCUGCUGACAGUGCCCUAGCUGGCCACUGUCUGGGGGUGCAGGUAGCAAGCAACGUGGGUUGACUGGUGAGCACCAGGGUCUGUAGACAAGGACAUGCCCCCCCAAAAGCCUGGGGCAGCCAGGCAGAGUGGGGCUGGGGCUUCUGGGGGGGGGAGUAUGGAGAGGAGAGGGGCUGGAAACAGGGAGCAGCCUUGGAGUAGGGGGAGGAGGCAGUCUGCGAGAACAGGAGUACAGACCAGCCCCUGGGCCUGGGAGAGGAGAGCACCUCCUCCCUCCUCUGUGCUGGGGACAGGGGCUGGCAGGGCUAGUGUGGGAAGUUAUUCCCAGAGGCCUCUCCAACCCUGCUGUGCCGAGAAGCUGCAUUUGCCGGUGGCGUCAGGUACCUUCUGUGGACUCCAGGGUGUAGCAGUCUUUUGACUCAGGAAAAGUAUUUUAAAGAAAACAUAAUGCUCCUGCCAGUGACAGACAUGAGGAAAUAAUAAACACAAUAAAGGUGGCUAAUGGCAUCUAA